ACGCCUGCAAAACCACCGGUCCCAGGUCAAAGCAACUCUUUUGGUUCACCCGGCUCAUGUUAGCUUCAGCCCCUGAAAACCAUUCAACAACCCCCAUCCCCGGUCAGGAAAAAGAUCCGUUAAACGAAACUCCGUUAGAUUCCUCCACGUGUCCAAGCUCCUCCCCGUCGUCAAAAUCUACCCGUUAAAUCUAAUUCCUCCAUCUUCCUCUUUCUCUUUCCCUCUCUCUCUCCUCUGCAACGUCUCCAUUGACGAAGAAGAAAAAAAAAAUUCGAAAUCCAAUUUUUGUUGCAUUUUUCCAUUUUUUUUCAUAAAAGAUUUGAGAAAUGGGAAAGUUAAUUUGCGACUCGACGGCGUCGUCACCGGUCAUCCCAUGGAGAGACCCAACUUCAACUCCAACGGUGGAUCUCGUUGACCAGUCAACGGCCGGCCCGCCAACAACAACGACGUCGUGGGAUGACGUUUCAGGAUUAGAGGAGCAGCAGAAAAGGCACCUGACGAGGCUGCAGGCAAAAGGGGUUUUGUGGAAGCAUCCAGAGGAUCAGAACAUGUCGGUCGUCUUCAGGUUAAGUCACGGCGGAGAGGUGGAAGCCGACGGAAAUUGUUUGUUUACGGCGUCGAGGAAGGCCAUGGGGUCAGUUUUAACGGCAAAGGAGUUGAGGCGGAGGACGGUGAGGAGGUUCUUGGAGGAUCUUGGAUCCGCGACUAAUGAGGUCAGGGAAAAGAUUGAAUCGGCAAUUAAGCAUAUGUAUUCGCCGGAUCUGAAGUCCGGUUGGGGGAUCCAUGUGGUUCAGGAGAUUAAGUUGUUGGCUAAGAAAGAAGAUCGUCUGGGUCUUGAUUCCGCCAUCAAUGAGCUACUACAGCUUGGGAUGCAGAGAGAAUUGGCUGCGGAUUCUAUUUACAAAGAGAGAUGUAUAGCUGUCGACAAUGGUUCAAGUUGGGCAAAGUACAUGUCAAUCUCUGGUUCCCCUGAUGAUGAAUAUGAAAUUAUCACUUUGCAAUACACAGAUGAGGGUUUGCUGACUGUAGAUGAGAAUAGAGAUGGCCAUGCUGCUGCUUUUGGAGAUGACAUUGCAAUAGAGUGUCUUGCGACGGAGUUCAAAAGAGAGAUCUUUGUGGUGCAAGCACAUGGAUCAGAUGCAAUGGUUGAUGAAGAUAAUUGUGUUUUCUUCUUACCACAUCGGCCAAGGAGUGAAAUCUGUGAACCCCCUUUUUUUCUUUUCAUGAAGGGAACAGGUUGGUGCGGCGCUGGUGGUGACCAUUAUGAGCCUCUUAUUGCUCAUCCUUCCUCAUUUGUCUCCCAGGAGAAGGUUGCCAUGGUUCUUUAGAUGAUUAGCUUUCGCAAGUUUUUGUCUUUGAGAUGACGAGUAGAAUUUAGUUAUCGAUGAAGUGUCUUCCCUGCGCUUUGCCUGAAAUAUUCUUCCGGCUUCUUUACUAGACAGAUAGGGAUGCAAGUCCACUGCGCGGCUUCAAUUGUUUGUCUACAGUUUCUAGAGUUGAAGAAUGACUGUUUAGGGGCGUCCAAAAUUUUGUAACAAUUAGAGUCGGUACAUCUUUGACGCUGACUAGCAGAUGCUGCAUCUGCAUUUGAGGAUCUUGUAGUUUGGUAAUUCUUUUCGGGCCCAUUAUUGUUGUUGUCAAUUGUUUUGGAGAGCAUAGAGGGUGGGUGGUGGUGGUAUUGGUUGGUGCUAUGCGCUUGAAGUGGAAUAGUACCUUUUUGUUGUAUUUCGUACUGAGUUUUAUAUAGCUUGAGAUGGAAAUGAAUUUUAGUUUCACUUCCUC